AUGAUUGAGAUCCUUCAAGGCCCUCUGAUCCUCAAUAGCAGCGAUAGGCUCAGCAUUGCACUGAGCUGUGGCUUCCUGUUCUUGCUGCUCGUGCUCAAUGCGAUUGUUGUCUUCCUGGAUUUGACGAGCAGUCAAAUUUGUGAUGAGAAUGGCAACUUUCUCAAUCCUGGCGCUCCUCCCGCACCAUACACUAUGAAGAGUCCUGACGACUGGACUCCAUACUGCAACUGGCUAGAAUUUGAGGCUGCUGAGUUACUGUACACUGAAAACCAGAUGUCAGCAUGCCAAAUUGACAAGAUCCUCUACUACUGGGGUAUCACCCUUGCUAUUCAUUGUGACAAUCCGCUGUUCACUGACCACAAAGACUUAUAUGAUACUAUUGAUGCAACACCGUUAGGUGAUGUUGCAUGGCAAAGUUUCUCCCUCAAGUACAGCAGCAAGAAACCUGCAGGAGACUGUCUGCUUUGGAUGCAACAGUCAUAUGAUGUUUGGUUCCAGGACCCCCACACAAUCAUGAGGAACAUGCUUGCAAAUGUGGACUAUACAGGUGAAAUUGAUUAUACACCAUACCAUGAAUUUCAGGAGAAGGACAAGAAACACCGCUAUAAAGACUUUAUGUCGGGAGACUGGGCCUGGCACCAAUCAGACGAAAUAGCACAAGACCCACAAACACAUGGCGCAGUCUUUGUUCCCAUCAUCCUAGGUAGUGACAAGACAAUGGUGUCUGUUGCUACUGGUCAAAACGACUACUAUCCACUUUAUCUCUCAAUUGGGAAUGUCCAUAACAAUGUUUGGUGUGCACAUCAUGAUGCAUUGGCUCUGGUCAGAUUUAUGGCAAUUCCCAAGAGUGUGAAUGAUCCUGCAUUCCACAAGUUCAAGAAGCAGAUGUUUCACUCUUCGCUGUUGAAAAUCCUCACCAAUCUCAAACCUGGAAUGACGACUCUGGAAGUUACGCGGUGCGGUGAUGGCCACUACCACCGUGUUAUUUAUGGACUGGGACCCCAUAUUGCAGACUAUGAAGAGCAAGUGGUACUGGCAGGUAUCAUCAAAAAUUGGUGCGGAAGAUGUCUGGCAUUUCCUACAAGUCUUGAUGAUGGAGGUGUUUCUUGGUCACACGAGCAUACUGAUGCGCUUGUGGAUUCAGUUAGUUUUGGUAUACUCUGGGAUGAGUAUGGUAUUCCCUUCACAAAUGACUUUCCUCAUGCCGACAUCCACCAGCUCCUUGCUCCUGACUUACUUGCAUCAACUAAUUAA